AUGUUUUGGAGGUUCGGCGGUUACAAUGUCUCGGCCAUCGAUACGAUCCUCGAGAAAGAGUCCUUUCAACUAGAGGAGCUUCUCGAUGAAAGCGACCUCAUCCAAGAGCUUAAGCAGCACAAUCCCAAACUCGUUGAAUACCUGCGCGAGCAGCAGGUGCUUGAGAAGCUUCUUCAAUAUGUAGUAGCGCCAAAGCUCAAACCUGUCGCGGCGCCAGAUGCCGAUGAGGAGGAGGAGCAAGAGGAUGACGAGAUCGGAAGGCCACCUGUUUUUCCCACCACCAGGUCUCGGUCGUCAUCACGAGCGACCGAGCCCAGCGGCCAGGAGGAAAAUGAAAAGAAGCGCAAUCGAUGCGCCUUCGUGGCGGCCGAAAUACUGUCCUCAGACAACUACUCUAUCCACGAGGCUCUUAUGGAAAGCAGACCCCUCCUCCGGAAUUUCUGGGAGUUCCUCAAGAGGCCGACGCCGCUCGAUCCUUUGCAGGCCAGCUACUUCACCAAAGUAAACGAGUCUCUCUUCGAUAAAAAGACGGAAGAAAUGCUGGACCUUCUCAAGUCGUUUGAGGGAGCCAUUGCCGAUAUUUUGAGACAUGUGGACUGCCCCAUGAUCAUGGAUCUGCUGUUGAAGAUCAUCAGCUUGGAGCGCACAGAGAGCGGCCAAGGCGUUGUUGAGAACGUGAUGCCAACUCUUCUCUCCUUCCUCGGACCAGAGCACAGCUGGGCCACCCAAACAUCGGCCGCCGACUUCAUCAAAGCCAUCAUCACUGUCUCAGCCAACGCUUCCCAAAACGAACAGACGUGUAUCGGUCCGAACGAGCUGACAAGACAGCUGGUCUCCCGCCCUUGUGUCGAACAGUUGAUCCAGUACAUGCUGGGGGGUGGCAACCCACUCACGUGCGGUGUCGGCAUCAUCAUUGAGGUCAUUCGCAAAAACAACUCGGACUAUGAUCCCGAAGGCGUCGACGCCAACGCUCCUCCGUCGUGUCGCGACCCCAUUUAUCUCGGAACCCUUCUUCGCCUCUUUGCCGACCACGUUCCAGAUUUCAUGAGCCUGAUCAUGAACUCGACGGCACAAAAAGAACGUCUUUCCUCCACUUUCGGCGAUAAGAUCGAACCCCUUGGCUUUGAUCGCUUCAAGACCUGCGAGCUAAUGGCAGAACUUUUGCACUGCAGUAACAUGGGCCUCUUGAACGAGGUUGGUUCUGAGCAGUUUAUUGCUGCCCGUGACGCUCAGCGACAACGGUUGAGAGAAGAGGGCCGUUUGAUCCCUGCUCGUGGGGUUGAUGAAACGCCAUCAUCGACCGAGGAUCUGACGAUGCGCACGUCGCAGUCAUCGCCUGCUGAGGAGAGGCGGAAGCUUGAGGUCAUGAACAUAUCUGCCGAUGACGAUGGGUUUGAGGAAGUGAGCCAUGACACCUCGGACGAUGUUUUGGAGCUCCCGGAUGCCCCUGCGCCUACCCAAGCCCCAACAUUUUCCAUGCUUGAAAAGGACGACGCGGACUUUGUUGAUGAGCCACUCAGUUCACCAAGGCUGAACUUUAAGGAUCUUGACGCGGAAAAGAGAGCGGAGUCACCACCGGCCUUCGAGGAUCCUGAUCUGGUCGUCGCGCCUCUGUCGCCCACCAAAAAGGCAGCUCAAACUGGUGCAAGCAAGGAUCAACAGAGCCCACCCAAACCAGUGACUGACGAAAAAGAGCCGCAAACUUCGGACAAGAGCAAGGAAAUCUCCACGGCGGAAUUGCCUGCGUUGAGCACCGAGUCCUCCGUCCCCAAGGCUCUUGAUGCUGCCGAUACGUUGUCUCCCCACCCUGGUGACACGCCGGCUCCUUUAUUUUCCAGUGCUACUGCCAAGGGUGAUGAGGCCAAAGAUAAGACUGAGCAAACGUCAGAGCCAUCGCCAUCGCCACCAAAGGCCGAAGCUGCUGAGGAUUCACCUGCCGGCGCCAACGCCAAUGAGACCACGGGGGAAAUUUCCAUCAUCAUUGCCCCCGCCAGCGACAGCGCCACUCCUGCUGAGGGAGCCUCAACCGCCCCCCGGCCGGUGGUCGGCGACUAUCUCAAGAUGCAGUUUGUUCGUCAGGAAGUGGUGCCCACCAUCCUUCGGUUCUUCUUCAAGUACCCUUGGAACAACUUCCUUCACAAUGUUGUCUACGAUAUCGUGCAGCAGGUGUUCAACGGCCCUAUGGAUCGCGGUUUCAACCCAACGCUGGCCAUCAGUCUCUUCGAGGCUGCCGACAUCACCAACCAAAUCAUCAACGGUCAGCUCGCCAGUGAAGAGUCGCAGGCCCAACACAAGACACGCAUGGGUUACAUGGGCCAUUUGACGCUGAUCGCCGAGGAAGUGGUCAAGUUCACGGAGCGUCACCCCCCCGAGCUGCUCAGCGAGGUUGUCUUGGACAAGGUCAUGGCGCAGGAUUGGAUCAGCUACGUUGAGGGCGCGCUUGCUGAAACUCGCGAGCGUGAUAAUGCCAUUCUUGGAGGGGUCAGGCCCGAGGUUGCUAUGAGCAACCGGGCCGCCCAGUCUAGUUUGGUGGGCGUCGGCCUCAACGGACUGAGCUCAAUCGGGCUGGGGGGAAACAACUCCAACACUCUUGCCGAGGCUGGCCUGGGUGGCGGGUCAGACUUGGGUGGCGGGUCCGGUGCCGGUGUCUCGCCGUUUGGGAUCAGCAGUGGUACCAUGAUGAGCGGUUUCGGCAGCUCGAGCGAUGAAGAUGAGGACGAGGAGCAAGAGAGCGAGGAGGAUGUCAAUAACGAGGUUGGUGAAGAUUUUGUUAGUGUGCAGUAUUUUCUCCCAAGUGGGUUGCUUGAUCCUCCAGAGGACCGUUCUAGCAUCACCGAGGUGCCGUGGGGGUAUGGGGAUUCUCUGAGAGGCGGCUACCGAUUCGGUGCACGGGCCGAGUCGAGUGACUCGGAAGGGUCAGAUUACGGGGAAGGGCAUGAGAGCGACGACCAAACUACCAGUCCUAACACAUCGGCGUUUGACGAAGAAGAGGCUGCCCACAACGAGGCCCUGGGCUUUGGGGAUAUCAGGCAACAUGGGUCUGUGGCGAGGGACGUUCCAGACGACACCGGAAGCCGUGAUCCUCCAUACGACCACGUGCUAGACAGUCGGGAUGGGCCCAACCCAUGCACAGAAGACGACAAGGCUCUCAGUCUAUUCAUCCAGAGCAUGAUCGACGCCCGCACCCGAGGGCUUGAUGAAUCCAUGGACACGUCAGAGUGA